UCUGCGUUUUGUAGAAGCUUCACGGUGAUUGUGGCGUCCUAGUGCUGUGACACAGCCUGCGGCUCCCACCACAGCAGCCCCUUGGCUGGAGUGAGCAGUGUCACGACGUCCCGUGUGCAGCUAGUGUCCUGGCUGAGAUGGAGCAGGCGGGUGAUGAGCUAGACCAAUGGCAACCUGCAAACCAGCCAAUCCUGGAUAACUUGAAGCCAUUGUCCAUCUUGGAUAUUCAGCCACCUCUCAGAAGCAAUGGAGUGUACACCUCUUGGAACUCUGGUCCACCAGGCACUGAGCUUUGCCAUCAGGACAGAGAGAUGUUGGGAACCCUUUUGGCAUCUCCUGAGACACCCAGGCAGGAUGCAGGCGAAGUGAAGACCUGUUGCAGUGUGUCACAGAAUGAGUGCAGUGUGAACUGCUGCCCCAUAACACUCACCUACCAGAUGAUGUACUACCAGAGACAGCAUCCCUCCCAGCCAGGGAUGAUUGGCAGGGAACUCCAGAUGAUGCCUUUACAGUCCAGUUUUCAAGGCAGGGAUUUGACCUUCAGUGAGCAUUUGAGGAUGCCCUAUAGUGGGCUAAUGCCAGCUUCAAAUGGACUCUCAAUGGUGUCCCCCAGUAGUGCUCCAAUAGUAUCUUACUGUGGGCCCCCACCUUCUUUCAGAGUUUCUCUACAAUCUGAAAUGUUAUUGGGUCCUACUAUGCCUUCCACUGAGGCCCAGGCUGUGCCUCCAUCUGUGGCUCAGAUGUUGCCAUCUGGAAAUCCCUAUAAUCUUUCAAUUCCUCCUGCUGGCUCCCAAUCAUCGCACAGCUUAGAAUCCCAGGAUUCUCUUGUGAACCCAUCAGGCUCCCACAAAGACCUCUACCUUUCUGAACAACCCACAGCUGCUUUUCAGAGAACAGAGAACUCCAGGGCCUGCGAAGGGUCACACAGAAGGCAACCCUCAACUCUAAGACCUUACUGCUGCCCGUAUAAGGACUGUGGAAAAGCUUAUACAAAGCGCUCCCACCUUGUGAGUCACCAGCGCAAACACACAGGUGAGAAGCCCUAUAAGUGUAACUGGGAAGACUGUACCUGGUGUUUCUUCCGUUCUGAUGAGCUUCGACGUCACAUGCGAACACACACCAAAUAUCGGCCACACAGGUGUGAUCAGUGUGGCCGACAGUUCAUGAGAUCUGACCAUCUCCAACAACACCGAAAGACUCAUCAGCGACUUCCAAAUUCCCCAAGGCAGCCAGCCAACAAUGGACAGAUGGAUGGUCCUCCUGGUCCUGGUCUUUAGAUUCUGGUGUGAGACUGUUUAGGUCUUGAACUUAUCACUGUCACUCAUCAAAUGACCUUGGGAAGUAUCUUUCAUCACCAUGCCUUAAUUUGUCCUCUGGAAAAUAAGAAAAACCAUCCUGGACUAUAUUGGAUAUGUCAUAUACCACAGCAGUUCUCCUGGGACUCACCACCUGCCUAUCCAGGGUUUGUCUCUUCCUUUUAGAUCUGGGUGGAAUGGCCCACCACAGGGUGGGAUACAGCAUCCCAUGUGGCCACAGAAACUUGGAAGUUCCAGAGGAUUAGUACUCAUGGGGUAAAAUUUGACUAAUGGGAAAUUGGAGGUAAGAGAAAGCCAGGCAGAGAUACUCUGUCGUCUUCUCUCCCUUUUAAGAAUUGCUAUAUAAGGCAUGGUUCCUCACUGGCAGUAUAGCUUGCAGGAAGAUUUCCCAAGUAGCUGGUGGACACAGCUGCAGAGCCUGGUUCUUGCCUGGCAUAUAGCUAUACCCUGCUCGGAAGGGUAUCAUCUUGCUACCUCCAAUAUUUUUACUCCAAUUUCUCACCCCUAAUGCCUUGAGUUUGUCCCUCCUAAAUAAAACAUCCGUAUUCAGUUCCUGCUGUAGGCUCUAUUUUCUAGGUGCUUUGGAGGAAGAGGAGAACAUUAGACUUUGGCAGAGAAAGAUCAAGCCCUGCUGUGACUCCUCUCCUAACCUAGCCUGGUGUCCAGACCUCUGAGUAUCAGAUAUUAAGGGGCCUAUUCUGCCCUGCUAUAUGACUUUCUGGGCAGCUCAGGUAGUUAGAGCCUCAUUUCUGCAUUCAUUUUAUUGACCAGUCAGUUCACAAUAAGAAAGGAACUUGGCCAAGCUGUCAAGUGGUGGAGCUAGGACCCCAACUAGGAUCUGUUUGUCCUGAAGGUUUGUCCCUAACAGAUGUUACUUAACAUAGAUGCUGGCCUGAGCCUAGUUUCUGUCUGUCACUGCCAAGUGGUGGUUGUUAAGAUGAGUUGGGUCUGAUUCUCAUACUCAAGGAGUGUUCUUAGUCUAGGUCAGAACGAAUCACCUAAGUGGACAAUGGGGAAGAGAAACCCAAAAGAGGUGGUCAUAAAGGCCUUCUGAAGGAAAGACCGAAGUGACCCUUGUCCAGUAAGAAUGUAACAAGUUGAGUGGAGGGUACUCCAAGAGGGAGACAGCCUGCAAGAGCACCACACAGAGCACUGGCACUGUGCAGACCCCUGGCAAGAAGCCUGGAGAGGAAGCCCGGAGACGGGGAGGAAGAGAUUUACUUGUAUUUGUGGUACUGGGAAUUUAACCCAGGACCUUGUACAAGUGAUGCAUGUUACCACAGAGCUACGUCUUUUGCUCAAGAAAGACUUCUUUAAAGAGGUAUCUGAGUCAGCCCUGAAGGACUCAUGGAGACGAGCUGUGACUCUCAUUUACUGGACAUGUACCUGUGAUUAUGCUGGACUCUGAGGACUCCAGCAUGAUGAAGACACACUCCCUCCAUUUUGGAGAAGAAAGGCCAUGGACUAAACUUCUGAAUGUGCUCACCGCUGCCAGGGAGCAGAGCUUGUCCUCUUCAGGCUAAGGCCUGUUCUGGCCCUCUGGAGAAGCCCUGCAGACAAGGCUGUGCUGGACCCAGCCCUGGCCUGCCCACUACUGCCCUGACCUUUCCAUGAUUGGCUUGAGUUGUGCCACUAGCAGCACCAGCAUACCUGAGCUGGGGAGCCGGAUACCCUUUACUCAUACUCAGAAUGCACAUGGCUAAAACAAAAAGCAAGAGGAACUGGGCUCACCUGUGACCCCAUCCCUGGUGCCAGAGACUGAGGUCUGGGUACUGAAAGCCUCUUUCAUUCCCAGCUGCGUACCAGGUGCUUUCCAGGAGCACACCAUCUUGGGUUUAGUGGGCUACCUGGCUCAGCUCACUGCCGGAAGGGCUGGUGGACUUGAACUUGUGGUCGGGACACAGGGGAGGUCUGUUUGGAGAUUGUCACAUGCUGAUCAGUGGACCUGAAGAAGAACCAGAGUGGGCUGAAGUUGCCAAAACAAGCUCCUGGCCCUGGACAGCUCUACAAUCUAGUGGAGGAAGAAUGUUAUUAGAAUCAUUUCAAAUGUCUUGUAUUAUGGAUGAACCUCAUUGUUUUUUUCUAUUUAUUGUGAUUAUAAAUGCAAAAAUAUUUUGUAAUAGUUAUUCAAGAAUAAUACCUUUUUGCUCUUCAGGUCACUCAAAAUUUACUCAAACCUAAAGCCUUUUUUUGG